UUGGGACACGUAGGUGAUAAAGCAAAAGGAGAAGGAAAAUCCGAAGAGGCCAAGCAAACGAGGAAAGGCAAAGUUUCAUCGGGAGAAGUCGACUCGGUUGCAAGCACCCCCCGAUCGAACGCCCCAAAGGCCAAAAAGGAAACUACUGGCUGCUUUGGGUCGAAAAAGAAGCGAAGACAAUGUGAUGAAUACUGCCAGGGGAUUGCAGCCAGACCACAGUCGGUGCAAACCCUUCCCAUAACAACUAAAGACAAAAGCGAGCACAUUCGGUUCCAUGAGGAAAAAACCUCCACUCCCACUUCCACGGACUCGGAGGUGGGAGUGCAAGUCUCCUCAUCCCCAUCUGGAGAAGAUUGGGGCCCAAAACCCCAACAGGACAAGGGCGUGUCGCUUCGCGAAGAAAAAGAAGUCGGACGUGACUCUGACCAACCGGCGAAGGCCAAAAAGUCCAGGGAUCAGGAAGGGAACACUUGCAAUAAAUGCGGGCGCCAGAAGAGGAACUGCGACAGCGCCUGCAGGAACACCAUCAUCAUACCCUAUGCGACUGGUAGCAAUGGAGGCAUUCCAGCCGGAGAAGCUGAGUCUUUGCGGAUGCUUAUUAAGAUGCAAAGCCGAGAUACCAGUCGUCAAUUUGAUGGUAUUCUGGCCGAGUUAAAUCACCACAAAGAUGAAAUAAAGCGGCUGAAUAGCAUGUACAAAAAGAUGGUGGACAGUGCUCAACUCUCCCAAAAAUCUGACGAAAAGAGCAAGAAAUCGUCGGGUAUCUGGCACGAAUGUGGCUGCAGCAAUAACAACGAGUGUCAAACCGAGCAGCCGGCAGGAAAGAGCGUUUCUCCAAGCUACGACAAAUGUGUUUGCAGAAACAGCUCAGGAGCAAGUAAUGGUGGGCCUAGUAGAAGGUUUGGCCCGCCCAAUACGGCUGUAGCCAUCAACAUGUGCGACACUUGCACAGUGAAAAUAUCGCCCAACAGUAUAACAACAGCGUGUGGCUCCAAAGAUCAGGACUAUUUUGAUGGCGAUAAGCACAGAAAAAAUGAACUAAACCGCACAAAAAGAGCCAGCCAGGACAUUUUGCCUUCAACAGACUUCAGCGAAGGGGCCGAUUUGCUUCGGGCUUCAGCUCAAGAUUCGCUAUCGACCAUUUACGGCAAAUUUAGUAAACCAGACUCGAAUAUUCGGAAGAAGGAGGGACAUCUGAGUCUGCUGAAUGGUCAAGAGGAGGAGGACGAAGAGGACGGAUUGAUGGGAAUCCCGCGCUUGAACACCAAAGCCGAUGACCAAAAUCCGAAACGUUUGCCCAGCAGCAGGGUGCUGAUCUGGCUGAAGAAAUCCUGGGUCACCAUCAGGCAUCGAACGGAAGAGUGCAGGCAGAAAGAGAGGGAGCGACAGGAAAAAUCCAAUUUGCGCCAUCAAGUGUGGAAUUUUUGCCAAAGUUCCGCAAAGAAAGUCGCAGUAAAUGCGUGGAAAUCUUUGAGGCCAAACGGCGUCUAGUUAAAAAUCAAACAAUUUUAUGUAGGCACUUUAUUUCAAAAAAAGCUAAAUUAUAUGUUCUAAAUGAAAGGGAUUGUUUGCGGCUUUAGCGGACAAAUAAUUUUUCUUAUUCCAAAAAUAAUUUUUGGAAAAAAUCCCUUUGAUUUAGAAUUUUCGGACGCUAAAAACCCUUUCAUUAUAUGUUCUGCUAUUAACCGAGUAUCUCGCUUCGUUACAUUUACAUGAAAUUUUGCUUAAUAAAUGAAAAUUGAACCAAA